AUGCGAUGCAAUCGAUGUAAACUACAAGCUUGAGCAACAAUCUUUACUUCACAUAUAUCCAAGCUUACAACAUGUACUAGACUUAGUAUAUGAACACACAAACACAACAAUAUCGCAUUACAAAAUAGUAUGAUGAGCCUUUAAGUACAAAGGACACAUAUAAACGGUAGGAACCAGGUCUCUAGUUUACAUCGCAUUGCUGUCUGAAACCCUAUAGUCUAGUGGUAAAACAACCGAACCGGCAAUCGGGAGACACGGGUUCGAUUCCCGUUGGGAGUUCAGAUAUUUUCUGAAUACAAGCUUGAGCAACAAUCUUUACUUCACAUAUAUAUAUAUAUUAUAUAUAAAUAUAUAUAUAUAUAUAUAUAUAUAUAUAUAUAUAUAUAUAUAUAUAUAUAUAUAUAUAUAUAUAUAUAUAUAUACUAUUUAAAGCACGCGUAGGAGUGUUAGUAGGAUCUCACGAAUAUUAGACUAGUAGAAUCUCACGAAUAUUCGUCAGACGAGCAAAAUAUUCAGGAAACUGCACCUAAAAUUUUGAAAUAUGUUGACCCUAUCCUAUCCUCCCAGGAAAUACCAUUUCCUGCUCUUUCUAGUCACGAAUUGAAGAAUCAAAAUUGGUUUUGGUCAGUGUGUAAGACUUACUGAGUUACUGGGGUUAAAAUCGCCGGAAAAUAAGCAUAUAGUGAGACUAUUUGGCGAUGAGAAAAGCGCGCAAUUUUUAAUCAAGACAUUGUGACUUAAUCUAUUUCGGGGCGGCUUAGCCCAUCUGUGGAAUCUGUGACUGGUGUUUUGUAGUGAAAUUUAUAGUGAAAAUUUAACUGUUGUACCUGUCUUUCCCACAGCCAGCACAGGCCGAGCAAUCAAUAUCUGCCCAACAAGGGAGGUUACAGCAUCCAGUGGACAGAUUAGAUCUCCUAACUAUCCAAACAAGUAUCCAGCGAGCACUGAUUGUACCCUGACGAUCAAACAACCAUUGGACACAAACUUUACUUUCACUUUUACGAAGCUUGAUAUCGAGGGUGAUUCUGAUGGUAGGUAACAUGGUAGUGGUAUUCACUUUUACGAAGCUUGAUAUCAAGGGUGAUGCUGAUGCUAGGUAACAUGGUAGUGGUUGUAUUAGUAGUAAAACUUUACUUAAACUACUCACGCUAGGCAAGAGCCUUGGAACGAGGUUGGCACUAGCAUCGUCAACUUUAAAGCUGCUUUCCACGAGGGACAUGUGAAUAACAUAUUUAAUUAAUUUAACUCUUUAUCGUUUGACGAUAAAUUUGAUAUUUUUCAUUCAAUUCCUUCUCAAUGUAAAUAUCUCAACGAGUAUUUACCCCCGUCCCCCUUUAAACGGAAAGCACCGUUGAAAUCCUCAUAAAAUAACCUUUCGAAUGGGGGGUCAAAUGCCGUCAUAACAUACACAAACCAAAACAAUAGUAUAUUUACUCACCGCUUUGCCAAACAUUCUGUAUUUCAUAUCGAGAAAAACUUGAAUACCUUCUAAACCCUUCAGAAUUCGCCUGAAGUCAAUAAGAGUAAAAUACGCUUUUACGGUACAAAGUUUCAUUUGAAUACGGCGAGUAGAAAUGUUUAUUUCGAAUUUUUCAAAAAUAUCGGGUUUUUACUCGCACGCGCGUUUCACCAACAUGAUACUCAGGGUUUUCAAUUCCGCUACCACCCGAAACCCGCUGCAGCGUAAACCCUGACACAGGCAACGUCGUUCCCAGGGUAUCACAGGCUGGUCACGUGCCACCCAAAUUUUAGGUGCUAAAUUAUCCGACUCAGGGAGGAUAAUUCAUUAUCACACGGCAAACCAUAAAUGUAAAGUAUGUGCUGAAAGAUUCUGAACUAUGAUUUGCUUUAUUUGUUUAGAUUUUUGAUAAUACACGGCAAAAUUUCCUACGACAAUGUUAUUACAUAAACGGCCGGAAAAUGUAAAGUUGGUAGUUUUACAGCUUUCGUAAGAGCGAAACCCGACAGCACAACAAGACAGCGCUCUUCACGAUUGAAUUCCAUUUUACUGUAAAACGUUUCUGUCCAUAAAUAUUAGCGGUUUACUGUACAUAUAGAACAGAUUUCUCGUGUGGUUGCCAGACAGCACACUCUGAAUGACAAUAUUAUAAACUAUAGCAAGAUUUUCACACCGAUGCUCUUAGCUCAUAACGUAAACAAGCGUGAAAAAAAUUACUGCAAUAAACCCAAAAAGUUAUUUUCCUAAAAAAUGACUGCAUUCAGGCAUUCACUUUCAGUCUUGACGGCCUUUUCUAUCCUUCUAUAACUAUUAUUUGCGUUUUGCGACAAGCAUUGUUUAGAACCCCAAAAGGUGUAGCAAUUUGACCAUACUGCACAGCUAAGUAAACACGGGGAAGUGCAGCACUUAAACCGCUUAAAAUAUCAAAGUCAAAGACAAAGAUAAAUAGUUAGAAAAACUGAAUUUCCUAUUCGGCUAACGCUUGUUUAUAACUUUUGAAAUUUCACAUGCCUAUAGGGUUUCGCCUCAGGGGUUUCGCUGCAUUGGAUUUUGGGCGGUAGUGGAAGUGAAAACCCCGAGUAUCAGGUUGCUGUACCACACGCUAAAAUUUGACAAUAAGGAGCACCCGCAGCCCGAUGCACGUGCAAAUCACGCUACAGGGGUAUUUUGACUUUAGAAUCGAUUUCCGACGUUUCGCCAGCGUUAGGAUGUUUACAUCCCAUUGUUUUGACAUUUGAAGUUGUAUUUCCGGUUGAAGCUCUCGCUAACAAUUUAAAUAUUCUGAAAUACCGAAAUAGAAGACAGAUCUGUAGAUACAAGCUUGAAAAUAACACUCUAAAUAGAGUCUUGGAUUGUGAUUCGCACAAGACUAUUACGAAAAAGAUAAGUCGAAAGGGCCGAAGUUAUGUUCGGCGAAAGGUACGCCUUAUAGUAAUACAUUGUUUACAUUGUUCUGGAACAUUGUAUAAUCUAUUAAUGAAAUGUGAUAUUGCUUGACCCUCUAAAUGUCGUAAAUCGCUAUAAUGUUGACAUCUUACUAAAACUAUCGAUAGGAAUUAGGAGAUAUUGUUUCACUGAAUCGAACGGUGGUAUUUUCAUCUACAUGCCCUGAACCAAAGAUACGUACCUCCAAAGUCGUUAGCUUAAACCAGGUCGAUAUCGACCUGGUUUAAUUAUGCACAAACGGAAAUGAGUUUUUAAGAACGUAUACAUUACAUAUACAUUUUAUAAAGGACAAUGUAACCACAUCUUCGAUACCCUAGGCAAACACAAGUAUGUCUAUAAGGUAUGCAUAAAUUUAUAAAAGUAAAUCAGAGAACAGUAUAUAAAGAGUGCUACAUAAACGCUGUGUAUUAUACAUAUUGUCAAUGUAUCCGUAUUACAGACAUCUGCAGGGAAACUCCCGCGAUUCAGAUUCGCAUGUUAUUGUUAAUGCUGAUGAAAAUCAUUGGACAUUGCACAAGAACAAAUUAAUUAAAUUUUGGUUAAAUUUGGACGAAAUUUAGGUUGAAAAGAAAUUGACAAAGGUUUGGCUUGCUAUGCCGGGUGGAGUAAAUUAUAUGCGUGAUUAGCAUAAUUUAUGCAUGGCACAACAUAACAUUAGUUCGCCGGCGGAGGUAUGUAGUCUUGAAGUGCUCUCCAGUUUACAUAUAUUAAUAUGUACUGUGUUUACUUAUUUACUUUACAGGAGCGGACUUGUCGUGUUAUGAUUCCCUCAAAAUAUCUGGAGGUUUAUCAAAAGAUUUCUGUGCGACCAUCACUCCGGCGCCAUUUGUACCCGGCCUGAAUGUCGUCACACUGAGAAUGGUGACAGAUGGUAGUGUUCAACAAAGCGGUUUUGAUCUCAAUUUCACCACCACUCGUAGUAAGAAAUAUUUUGGGUGUGUUCAGCGGCGCUGGAGGGAAAUAGGGCGGAGGAAGACUGGUCUUGAUUGGGUGGGGAAGUGGGGAAAGACAAAUCCCGGCUCCCAAGUCACCUCUUCACGACGAGUAUCGAGCAUUCAUUGCAUGACACUGUGGGCUCAAGCAAGAAUAUUCCCGCGCUUUUUGUUUUGCUUUAUUUCGACUUAUUUAUGGGGAACUAAAUCAACUAAACCUCAAAUUGUAAGUUUAAAUAGUUUCUUAAUUGUGCUUGAGUUGCCUAAUAUUUCUCUUGCGCCUAUAACUUUUUCUUGAUCUCGAAAUUCUACAAAUAAAUUAAAAAGUCUGCCGAAAUGAUUUAGAAAUAAUUUAGUAUCGCUCAGCCCAGUCCCUUAGCCUCUUAGUAAGCGUUCUCAUUAAUAGCGGUGACGUCAUAGGAUCAUAAAAGGCGUGCGCAUAGGAAUAACAACUAGUCUGAGUGUCGCUUGAAAGCUAAAAGAAAGGGGACGGUUGAGGAAAGGCCAAAUAGCGCCCUCCCCAUCUACACUGAUUUCUUCAACCGUUCUGAAAAACGCUUGAAAAGCUAUAAAACAACGGAUAUCGAACCCACAAUCAAUAACUGUUUUUUUUAAUUUACUACACUUUUGUAUUCAGGAGACUCCUGUUUCUUUACUUUACUCAUGAUAUGAAGACGAAAUUUAUUGGACACAUUGACAAUGUUCUCCUGAACAUUGCAAAUUGCUACUUUUGUGUUAAAAAUAUGUUGUCAUGGUAACAGCAUGCUUAGAAUAAAGCUCAAAAUUUGUCUUUUUCAGAUCAUUUUAAAAAUUCCCUUCCGUGAAAUUUUUUAAAACUUUGCAUAAAAGAUAAUACUUGUAUAUUGAUUUUUUCCCCUCAAUUUAAAAAAAUUAAAUCGAUACGUUUCUUAGAAAAUUAAAAAAACGUCAAAAAUCAAUAUUAAAAAUUUUCCCUUCAAGUUAAUUUUAAAAAGAAAAGGGCAAUUGCACUUGUUGUGCUGAUAUUAAAAAAUGUGCAAAGUUUUAAAAAAUUUUACCGAAGGAAAACAGAGAAGUUUGGGUUUAAUUUUGGCAAUUUUUACUAGAUUUUGACGCGAACAAUUUAAUACCCCAACUGACGUGUACAUGCAUUGAUUGCAUUCUGCAUAAAACUACAAGGCAUGACUUUUUUGAAAUCACAAAAUAUAAAUUAUGUUUGAUAUACUGUUUAUAACAUUGUCGGUUAAUGGUCAACUAAGCGUGGAUUAUACAUGUAAAAUUGGCAAAGAUAUUUAGGUAAUUACUGGUUAAUAUGACUUAUUGGUAUUAAUUUGAAAAGUGUUUGUCAAAAUUCGUCCCGUGCGAGUUAGUACAUACGUCGGAUGUUUUCGCAAAAUGCCCUUCAAAUUUAAGUUUUUAUAGUGGUAUGUUUGGAGUUUCGGUCCUGCUCAAUUCACCCGUAGAGGGCUCAUUAUUUAAGUCAUCUUUAUUGUCAUAAGUGCUGCUAGAUUGUGGAGAAAACAUUGCAAAUUCAUGAGGAAACUUUAUAUCAUAUCACAAUGUUCGCGAUCGAACCUCGCGUACGAAAUACAAGUUUACAUUAUCUUCUUUUGAAACAUCACAUCCAAGUAUCGUUUUGGCUUUUAGAACUCUUUUUAUACUUUCAACUAAAGCAAAGUUCACACUUUUGUUUCAAAAAAGAGUUCCAUAUAAAAACACAACGUUCGUUCCUAUUUUGAAGUCACACGAGUUUUAGUUUACGUAUAUACGAAGAACGUAACCCCCGGAAAUAAAUCCCUAGGGAGCCACCUUAAUUUAUAAAUACGAAAGUUUUACCUGGGUUAUACCAAUAAACGAACAAUUUUAGAAAACUUGAAAAAAUCACGAAAAAAUACAUCUAAUAAUAUCUAAUACCUAUCGCAAGGUAACAUGCCAAAGUUAGAUUACCUUUUGAGAUUACUUCCUGUGUAUAGAAUAUUCCUAUGUUUAUUUUUUCUAGCCACUGGUUUACCCCCAGCAGUGAGUGUGUGUCCGACCAGAACAAUCACCCCCAGUGCUAUUGGUCGCGUCCACUCGCCUGGAUUCGCUGGUAACUAUGGCCCCAAUCUAAACUGUAAGCUUACCCUGAAUGUGCCUUCAAACAAGGUUGUUGAAAUUUUCUACAACUAUCGCGAUAUUGAAGGUAAGUGCUCAAGAGUGACUACUGUAUAUGACAAGACACUCUAAAAACACUAUGAUUAAAAUUUUCCCAGCUAAUAAUGGUAAUUGCACUAAGUGGAGUGCAAUUUGGUCUGAAAUCAAACGCGUGAUUACAAAAUCACACGACGGCGAAGCGGGAUUGAGAUUUGUAAUCACAAGUUUGAUUUCAGACAGCCAAAAUUGCACAACACGCGAAUUUCCACUUGAUCAUAUUCAUUUUGAAAUCUUAAUUUUUAACAAUUUUGUAAGGCGGAAACAGUCCAGUUAUUAGGAAAGAAACCCCCUAGGAAUUACCUUGUUUAGUUUACAUGUGGGUUUAUUAGUCUUGUAUAUGGUAAAUGCUUUCUCAUUAAAAAAAAAUAAAAGUUACAUUUUCCAACCGAAGUCAACUUUUACUUUAUGUAGAACGGCGCUCUUUAUUUCUUCUUUUUCUUCGUUAUAACGAAAGCAAUUCAAAGCAUAAAUAAGAGCUCGUUGUAAAACAAUAGCUCAGAAAAUGUACAUUCUCAAGUUGUUUAUUUUCAAGUUGACAUUUUGUGUUUAAUCUACGCAUGAUCCACACCGGCUCGUAUCCCUGCCGAUUAAUCUUUAAUCGGCACGCCUAUAUGCGAUUGAUGUUUAAUCGGCACGGUUUUUAACCAAUCAGAAUUGAGUAAAUUGGCUUAUAUUAAUCGCACUAUUUUUAGCCAAUCAGAAUAUGAUAAACCAGGAAAUUUCCCUAUUUAAGUUAUCUUAAUAUUCCUGGUUAACUUUCUUGGUAAUUUUAACCUUCUUUUUCUAUAAUCUGGUUAAUUUGGCCAAGACUUCCUCGUUAAGUUAAUUAAAAUGCAAUUGUUAUGUUAAAAUAACCAGACUACCCACCAGGCAUAGUCUGGUUAUUUUAACGUUAAUUUGGGGAGGACAAACAUAACCAGAUUCCCGUUCACAUUAUCCAAACUAUGAUAAGAAGUGAGAUAAGAUAAUCAAGAAAUUUAACCAAGACAAUUAAUUAAACUCAAAUAGUGCUAUUUCUUGGACAUACGCAGGAACGUUUAACUAGAGUGUUUUUUUUGAGCUAACAAUAAUCAAGUAAUCAAGUAUGAAUUAAAAGAAACUGCGAAUAGAAGUUUCAAUUAACAAAUGCGGAGUUCGUUUUUUAGUUAUUCAUUUACAGCAGACAACGGAUAUUCCGUCAUCAUCGUCGUUGUGGAGGAUGUUGCUAUUGUAGUGGAUAUUGUUGCUGUUGUUGUGGUUGUUGCUGUUGCUUUGUUGGUAAUUUUGUUGUUCAGUUGUAUGCUGUUGCAAUUGUUGAUGUUGUUUCUGUGGUUUUGGUCGUUUAUGUCGAUUCUGCUUGAAUGUCAGUUGCUGUCGUUGUUACUCAAACUAACAGUAACUUAUUUAAUAUUUUGCUUACAGUUGCUACCCAGUGCUCGAAAGACAAGUUGACGGUUGCGGACAACAGUGCAUCUAACCAAACGUGUGGUGCAUCACCUGCCGGCAGUCCGACAACAUAUAGAGAUGGCAAUGUCUCAUUUCAUUUUUCCACUGAUGGGAGUGGCUCUGGAAGCGGAUUUAUAUUGAGCUACAAACUCUCAAGUAG